AUUACCGAAGUGUGCUGUAUUUGUAAUACGCAUACUUUUAAAUAUCAAUACGUUUGUCUUUUUAGAACCAAAUCGUAUAGUAAAUCAGUAAAUAUUCUUCGUCAUGGUUAUCGGUAAAAAGUAUAUACUAACCAAAAAUUUUAAAGAUGAACCACAGGAAGAUGAUUUAACAUUGGUUGAAUUUGAAGUACCACCUGUUACGGAUGGAGAGAUUCUAGUGGAAGCGGAAUAUCUCUCUGUGGAUCCAUAUAUGAGACCUUAUAGUGACACUAUGAGUCCAGAUAUAACGAUGAUCGGGACUCAAGUAGCAAAGAUCUUGGAGUCAAAAAAUCCAAAUUGGCCAGUUGGUAAAAAGAUUUUUGCAAAUAUUGGCUGGACAACGCACAGCGUUUUCAAUCCUGAACUACUCGACGAAAGUUAUAUAAUAUCACCUUAUAUUCUACCGGAUUUUGAUGAUUUACCGGCUUCUCUUGCUUUAGGAAUGUUGGGAAUGCCAGGAAAUACAGCUUAUUUUGGUUUUGAGGAAAUAUGUAAACCAAAAGCAGGUGAGACAGUCGUAGUAAGCGGUGCAGCUGGUGCAGUGGGAUCUCACGUUGGCCAAAUAGCGAAGAUAUUAGGCUUAAAAGUUAUUGGCAUCGUGGGAUCUGAAGCUAAAUGCAAAUGGAUCGUCGAUGAAUUGGGUUUCGAUCAUGCGAUAAAUUACAAAACAGAGGAUGUUUAUGUUGCAUUGUCCAACGUCGCACCCGAAGGAGUUGACUGCUAUUUUGAUAAUGUAGGUGGAGAAAUCUCUAGCAGUGUAAUUCACCAAAUGAAUGAGUUCGGCAGAAUUUCAGUUUGUGGGAGUAUUUCGACCUACAACACUGGUAGUAAGUGGAAUAGCAACAAUUUAUUAAAAGCUACGGUUAUUCAAAAAGCAAUGAUAUUCAAGCAAUUAAAAAUGGAAGGCUUCCUUGUUUAUCGUUGGAUAGAUCGAUGGAACGAAGGAAUUGAAAAGAAUCUAACUUGGAUUCGGGAAGGCAAGCUUAUUUACAAGGAGACAGUGACUGAAGGUUUUGAAAAUAUGUUUAAGGCCUUUACAGGCAUGUUGAAAGGUAGCAAUAUCGGAAAAGCAAUCGUGCGGGUCUAAACAUAUGUAAGGAUCCUAUUUAUAAGAGAUUAUAUAUGAUUAGUGAAAUAUGUAAAAUAUAUAUACGAAUAAUAAAACUUUAUAAUUCUUUA